UAAGCAUUUAUGCUUAAUAGCCAAAGAUAUAUGUCAAUAAUACAUUUUUUUAAUUGUAACCUAAAUUGAACAACUUGCAACACUGUAGUUCUAUCUGUCAGACACGAACAAAAACAAAAUUUUUGUUAAUUUAGUAGUGUUUUACAUUUUAAAGUGCACAGAAAAACUCAGACAUUAAUGGUACAAUGCGUUUUAAAGACUAUAACAAAUUAAAUAUAUACAUCUGUAUAUAUUUGUAUAGUAAUUUUAAAUAUAUUUCAAUUUUUUAAAUUUAAAAUUAAUAUGGAGAACUCUUCUAAUAUUGAACUGGAUUGUGUGGACCAUACAAAUUCUAUAUGGAUUCAAAAAAAUUGUGAUAGUAUUGCCAACCCAGAUCAGGUACAAUCUAUGUAUGAUAUAUUAUUACAAAAUAAAGAGGUACGAGUUAUACCAACUAACGUGGCAUCUUACAAUGAUGUUAACAUACUUCCAAGUUUUCAGUAUGAACCUUCCUCACAUUCAGAAUUAAAUCAUUUUGUUACUAUUUUGCUUACAUCACAAUUGGACCUUGCAAAAGAAGUGUGUUGUUCCACACAAUUUUCUAUUUCCUUUAAACAAAGGUUACUCGUAUUGAAAAGAAUUUAUUAUGCCUUAUUAACAAAAUAUCAUGACAAAGAAAAACAAGAGCAGAUAUUGGAUGUAAGUCAACCAUCUACAACAUCUUUAAUUAAUAAAAAAACUCAAACUGGCCAUGAAGCUCUUUUGGAAAUUGGUGUUCAAACAGUCUUAAGCUUGUUAUUUUCUCUCCUGCAACAAAAUUGGCAAAUAAGUGGAAUACUUGGUAUUCCAUCUCUCUGUAAUUCAGUACUUGUUUCUACAGUGGAUCUCAUAAAAAAACUUCCACCUUUAUGUUUGUCAAAUGAGUCACAAUUAACAGUACUUGGAAUAAAUAGUUUAAACCAAGUAUCCACCUUUCUAAGAAAUGCAAUUUUAAAUGAAUCCUCUGUAGAUGUGGCUGGAAAGCUUCUUGCAUGUGAAAUCUUGUUGGAACUUGCAUUGCAAAGAGGCUCUCUGAGAUAUUUACUUGAGUGGGUUGAUCUAGCAUUGGAAGUGUCUUGUACAGAAAAAGAUACCCUUAAAAGCAGUUUAUUUAAAAAGGCUAUCUUGGAGUUGGAGGGUGGUAAGCACAAAAUAAGGCCAGAAUUGUGGAACAGUGAGCAAUCUGAUGAAUUUAGCAUAUACAAAGCAGCAUUAUGUUUAAUGGAAAUAUUGUCUUCUAUGGCUGUGGACUAUGGAGGAGCAUGUUCAGCAGUUGAAUCCUCCACUUCAGAUUCUGAGCUGGGUGUGUAUGAAAAAAGUGAUGUUUAUGUUUGGGGUAGUAAUUCUUCACAUCAGCUUGCCGAAGGAAACCAAGAAAAAAUACUUUUGCCUGUUAAGUCCAAAGUAUUUAGCCAGGUGCAACAGAUCGAAGCAGGUCUAUACUGCACAUUUUCCAUCCACUGGGACGGAUACGUAAGCGCUUGCGGCAAGGGUAGCUACGGCCGUCUAGGAUUAGGAGAAUCUUCCAACCAAACCGUGCCAAAACGAGUGCUGCUUGACAGCGUCGUGAAAAAAUUAUCCAGCUCGAAGGGCAGCGAUGGCCACACGUUGGCCCUCACCGAGGCCGGUAUUGUGUAUAGUUGGGGCGACGGAGACUACGGUAAACUUGGCCACGGCAAUUGCGCGACUCACAAGCAACCUGAAAGAAUUGCAGGACCCUUUCUGGAAAAGACCAUUAAAUAUAUUAACGCAGGGUACCGUCACAGCGCUGCCAUCACCGAUGACGGCAAACUUUACACAUGGGGCGAAGGAGACCACGGAAGACUGGGCCUCGGGGACAGCAAGGCGCGACAUGCUCCAACCCUCGUGGCCGAAAUCAACGAUGCCGGAAUGGUGGCGUGCGGCAGCUCGCACACGCUGGUCGUGUCGAACGACGGCAAGACCGUGUGGUCGUUUGGGUCCGGAGACAAUGGCAAGCUGGGUCACGGAGAAAUCGCCAUGGUGUACAAGCCGAAAGUCAUCGAAGCGCUGCACGGCAUGAUCGUUCGCAAAGUCUGCGCAGGCACCACCUUUUCAAUAGCCCUCACUUCUCAGGGACAAGUUUAUACAUGGGGCAGCGGUCCUAUUCUUGGCCUGGGUUCAGCGGACGCCAUUUAUCUGCAUCCCCAAUUAGUUGAUAUAAUGCCGCACCGAGUGGUUGAAAUAUCAGUAGGAGACACACAUUGUUUGACUUUGACUGAUGAGCAUGUUGUUUUUGCUUGGGGCACCAACAGUAUGGGGCAAUGUGGUUUGGGACACACAACUAGCCCAGUUGUUAGACCUUUUAAAGUGGUUGGACUUACUGGCAUCAAUAUUAGGCAGAUUAGUGCAGGCACAUCUCAUUCAAUCGCAUGGACUUCUAUUCCUGCAGAAAAUCAUCAAGUUACCAAACACAGACCGUUCUGUUUAGAUUUACAUGAAAAAACAUUUGACUUUUUGAAAACAUUUUUGGAAAAGUAUACCAACUCCUUUAGAUGUGAUAUUCCCCCUUCUCCAUUCAACACCCAUGCAGAACAUCAAAGAUUUGUUUUAUUAAGUUUAAAGUUGCUUUCAACGCAUUUAAGUUUGUGUGUCAGCGGCAACUUAAACAGUAGUGUUCUGACCAAACAUGCCAACUCUUUCAGAAGUGUUUUAUUUAGGUUGGUCGACAUUGAAGCUCCCGAGGAAAUCUGUGUGGCAACAAAGGAACUCUUAAAUAUAGGUGCACCCUUGUUGUUACCUCAACUACACGAACGCGUUGAGUUUCUCUAUGAGAACUUGUCCAGUGGUGCCAAAUUGUCACCCGGACAACAUAUGCUAUUUGACAUCAUUUUAAGCAGUCUUCUUGAUGAUCAGAUGAACGUGGCGGCCCUGCUAGGAUACAACAGUGUGUCGGAGAUAAUGUCACUGGAACACCAACAAAUAACUGGGACGCUAAUGCACACCUUGCUACAGUCUUUUUGUGACAACACAUUAAAAACAUUGGAUAGCAUCAGUAACUUUAUGGAAGAUAAGACGCAAACAAAAUGGCAUUGUCCUAGUAAUACCGAGACAGUAAAACUGCAAAAAUUACUGUCGUCGCUGCAAAACCACCUGCUUGCACAUUACACGCACUCCCGUAGCCGUAUUAGCAUGUCAAACAUGGAAAUUCUCAACAACCACCUCACUCAAAUGUUUAAUUUGGCUGUAAAAAUAUUCUGCAAGGCCAGCGAAAUUAUCACGGAACAUCCGGACUGCUUGGAUUUAAUGUACAACGUUCUGUUGGAUUCGGUGGCUGGAUCGAUGCUGUUCAAAAUGUUUAGUUCAUUGCUGUUGAUGCCCGUUGCAUUUGUUAAAAAUUAUUUAAAUUUACUAUUGUUUAUACUUGAUCCACUGGACAACUUCAACAAAAUGCUGCCUCCAGAUAUUUUAAUGGAUUGUGAGGAAACCAGGCCUGAAACACCAACCCUGUCUCAACUAUCGGAACAAUCAUGGAUUUGGAUAAUUGAUUUGGAACGUGUUUGUUCGCUGCUAAUAGGUCACUGUUUUGGCUGUAUGCUGGUGGGUGAACCACCAUGUUCCGCUGAAAAUUAUUGCCGCAAUUGGCUUGGCAAUGUGAUAUUUUCUUGCGGUAUAGAAAAUGAAGAAAUACCAGUUUAUACGCUGACGUCAUGCUCUCUCUUUGACAGUAUAAAUGUAUCAGCAUUUUUGGACAUAUUACCGGAGCAAGUACAAACUUACGUUAAAAUGGCUUUAAACAUUCCCUGCCAAUAUGAUGAGGCUUGUGGAACGUCAUCCGAAGAAACGGAAGAAAAUGAAUAUGAUUUUUAUUUAUCUUUUUUGGACCAUUCCGACAUAGAACCUUGGGAGUCGGAUGAUGACGCUGGAAAAUUAUUGGAUGCUGUGGUGAGGUGUUUUUUAACAACGGUUUUAAAACAAACCGGUUCUUUGCAAAAACCUCCAGAUCAUCCUGUUGUUAAGGAAAUUUUUAAAAAUGUUUUUGGAUUAAGGCAUAAAUUGAUUAAUUUAAUGUGCAACACUAAAUUUAUCAGCACUGAAGAUAAAAACAAAGAGCAAGAAAUAGAAUAUGAAAAGUCAAAUGUUAUCUGUGAUGUUAAAAAUGAGUCUGAAACAAAUAAUGAGCUUUCUUUUCAUAUAAACUGCAAGAAAAUGUUGGAACGUUGUUUAUUUUUAAUAAUAUAUGUUAAAGGUGUUGAUAUUGAAAUGAUACCUUUUAACAGUAACUCCGAUGAGGAAAUGGAAUCGGAAAAGGCUUACAUAGACUUUUACAGUAAUACAAAAGAAUCAAGCGCAUUCCAAAAUUUGAGAAAAAUAUGUAGAUUUUGUAUGAAUUUUAUUUUAAAUGAGCCAACAGAAAAAGUGCCUCUUACUACUUAUGGCGACAAGAAAAACGGCUGGUGUACUGAAACUCAGGUAUUACAUAUGGCAUUAGUGGCCCAAAAACUAAGAGCCAAUGCGAGGUUUUCUAGUUUGGAUAAGCUAAUUUCUUUGCUGGAAUCGAAGAAUUCGUCAAACACCGAGUGGUAUUGCGUUCAACAGCAACUAUUAACCGGAGCCUUUGGAUUUUGUAACUUAAAAGCAGAAGAGAAUUUCUCUUUUAGCAAACAUUAUUUGGACGAUAUACAGGCUGCUCCGCCCAAACUUAAACAAAAAGUUUCCAAGUUUGUUCACGAUACAUUUGAAUUUUUAACGAGAUCCCUGAGAGAUCAAAUCAAUCGCUCGCAACAAUUGAAUACUCAAAAUAAACAACUAUUGCUCAUAUAUAUAUUCGCAUUAAGUACGAGAUAUCAACCAAAUGACCUUUCGUUAGUCAUUAAUAAGGAUUUGGUUAUGCUGCUUACAAAACUGACCAGAACAAAUAAAACCAUAAAUGACUUUUCUACCAAACAUGAUUUAGUUAAUGUAGCAACAGUAAGGUUGAUUCAUGUUUUGGCUCUAUCAUGUAGCAUUUACUCAAAGAAAAUUGAUACAACCGUAUUGGAAAAGGUAAUAGACAUUCUACAUUCCGAAUUUUUAGAAAUCCUAGAUAUAUUUUCUGACACAUUGGUUAAAAAUACUAUGCAAGAUAUGCCCAGGGAUGGUGUCCGUUCUCUUGGCGAUUUUUUAUUAUUCCUUCGUGUAAUAUCUUCCAGUCGCAAUAUCCAGCAGCUGCUUGCAUCCAACAAGUGGAUAAAAGCAUUUAUUCGCAUUCUUGAUACUUCAAAUGCAAAUAUUUCAUACACCAGCCAACUGAAGAUUCUUAGACCCAAAUUACUUGUUUUGCAAAUUUUCCAAUUGAUUUUGCCUGGGUUCAAAUCUUCAAAUACUAGUAAUGAAAUAAAAGAAACUGUCAUUAGUAAGUUAUUUUCACAAUUAAGUGAGGAAGCCUGGAAUAUACCUGAAACAUUAAAAAAAAUAUCACAAGAUCUAGAACCAGAAAGUUCUCUAAAUACCAGAAAAAUGGCAGAUAAAAUCUGUAAAGAUACAGGUGGAAAUGUCCCGGUACAUUAUAUGGGUUUUGAUAUUGAAAAGUCAUACAAUUGUACUAUUGAAGGUAACUUAACAUUGGUUCACGGAUCUGGUGGCAGAGGAUAUGGCCUUGGGCUUCAAGCUAUACAAUCAGGAUGUUAUCAAUGGAAAAUAUUAAUUGUAAAAGAAAAUCGUGGUAAUGAAGGAACAUGCAUUGGAAUAGCCAAACUACCAGUAAAAGACUACAGUCAUCGUUCCACCAGUGACAUGUGGCUUUACAGGGCAUACAGCGGAAGCUUAUACCACAAUGGGGAACGAGAACUAAGUUUGCAAAGCUACACGCAAGGGGACUACAUAACUGUCGUAUUGGACAUGGACGCAAAGACACUAGCUUUCGGAAAAAAUGGCGAGGAACCAAGAGUUGCUUUUGAGAACAUUGAUGCCACCGAAUUGUAUCCUUGCGUUAUGUUUUACAGCACUAGUCCUGGAGAAAAGGUUAAAAUUACUGAUAUGAAGGUUCAUGGCACCCAAAUAGACUUACUUCCAGGCGAACCCAAUUUAGCACCACAAACAACUGUAUUGAUUGAAGCCUACAUUGGUGUUAUAAGAAAAUUACAUUACUCAAAUACUUGGGCCCAAAACAUUAACAAUACACUCCUAAAGAAAUUAAGCAAAAUCUCCUUAUUAUUUCCAAAAAGUGUUGACAAUCCAAGUGCUGAACAAGAUCAGUCAAUCAAUUCUAAGGAGUUAUGUUUUGAUGUAUGGCCAGCAUUAGUUGUUAUUGGAGGUUUGGAUAGAGGGUUAAGAGUAGGUGGGUAUUGUCGACAUAAAAACACGGGAAAAAAAGCAAUAGUUUUGGGUGUUUUAAAGCGUGGAAUUACUAGUGGUAUAACUGUGCAAUGGGAGUCGGAUGGAGGUGUUUCUGAUGUAUUUUUAAACAAUCUGGAAUAUAUUGAACCAGUUCCUUUUAAUUGCAGCAAGCUUCCAGGGGUGACACCAAACAUUUUUCUUCAAAUUGCCAGGCUAAGCGGAAUAACUAAUGAAAUUGCGCUGGCAGACUGUAAACUUUCAAAAGAAGAAGAGAAUCUUGUUAAUCCCAACAAAGUCAAUUUAAAGAACAUUUGGAAAACUGAAAAUGUACAAUCCACUUUUGGAUUAAAUGUGUGUAAUGAGAAAAAGGCAAAUGAAAAACCGCCAAGGACCAUGGAAUCAUUGACUAAUGAUAUGGUAUCAAGCAUACUGGGAGAGGUUAAAAGGUUGACUACUGAUAAAAUAUCGACGAAUAAAGGCAUUUCAAUGCAAAAAGAAAAUAAAGAAACCAUUAAUAACCAAGAAUUUGAUAAUGUUGAAGCCAAAUUGCUGGAGAAAAAACUGUUGGAAUCGGAAGAAGAAUGUUUGCGACUAUUCUUUUUGCAAUUUGCAGCUUUAAAGACACUUGGGUUGUUUUUAACCUCAAACUCCUUCAGGGAACUGUUUUUGAUUAAAGGCAAACAGGAAGAUACGGAAUGUAUCAAAGAAAUAAUGAAUUGCUUAGUGGAUAACAGUAUUUCUGCUUGCAAGUUAAAGGAAAUUGUAUCAGUUGCUGACAUGGAAAGGGUGGCAACUGUAUUACACAUGAGCUACAAAAAAUCCAAGUCCUAUGAAAAUAUGACAUUUAGGAAUAUCGUUAAUAGCACCCCAAAUACCAGUGUUUUUAAAAAAAGUUCUACGGAUUCGAUGAUCAAUGAGGCCCGUGGAAGUAUUACUACAAUAUCACUGCCUUCUAUAAAUAGAGUUUCAAAGCCUUAUAUUACUAUACCAAAACCGUCAUUUCCACAGUCAUCCAUGGGCUCAAUUUACCAUCCUCCUAGCUCCUUAGGUGCAACUUCAAAUUCUUCAAGACGACAUCUUGUUUCUAACGCUGAUUCAGAAGAACAAUUAUGGAGAAUACGAAGGAGGUCAAACUCGCCACCUCCACCGCCUAUUGCUGCUCCUCUGCUCGAAAUGGGCUUUACUCUUCGUCACAUUCUCAGAGCCGUAAUAGAGACUAAAAGUUCAGGCGAGAUGAGCGCCCAGACCGUUAAUAUGUUGGCUACUUGGAUGGUGGACAAUCCCUAUUCCGAAACCGGAACUGACGAAGAUCAACCGAGAUCGAUGGAUCUUUAUCGAGCAGUAAUGGAAAGAUCGUCAGAUUUGAUUAGACAGUGUUCCGACGUAGCCUCAGAGUUAGAUUUCCCUAAUAGAAGGGGAAUGGGACCAAGAAGACGGGCCUGUUCGGAACUAAGACUUAAUUUUUUGGACAGAAGUGGAGACAGGACGUUAUCUGACAGGGUAAGAGAACGGCAACAUGUUAGAGGCGAGGCGCAUCCUCUACUGGCUUUUUCGGACGAUGACGACAAUUCCAAUGGUGGUUUAUCUUCUGCUGAUGGUUUAAUGAAUACCAAUUUUUCAGAAUUUGUUAACAUCGAAAACCCAUGCGCUAUGUGUCCAUACUGUGAUCACCUUUCACCGUACUUGGAUGCUCAUCUUAUAUCUUAUCAUCCAGGAUGUGGAUUGGCUUGGGGCCCUGGAAUUUGUGGAUACUGUACUGGCGGUUACUAUGUAUUAUGCGUUAAAUGCAAAAACAAACAUCUUAAUAAAAAUGGCAGGGAAAAUCGCUUGCAAGGAAUUGCACCCGAUAUCAUUUUUGACGAAAAUGAUAUGACUGAAACUGACAUUCAACUACUUAAACCUGUUCCAGAAACAGAGGAAGUGGAAAAACUUAAAUUAUAUUUAGGGACAAGUGAUAAAGAAUUUAAAGUAGAACCUGUUAAAUUCGACAAACUCGAUCCACUCGGAUUCAGUGCUGUUUCCAAACUUAACCAGAAACAAGAAAAUUGUGAUGAACUGCAUGCGAGAUUUAUUGGGGACCAAGCAAUAUCUCUUACCUCUUCCAUGGACAGAAUAGAGGCAUUAAAACAUUUAACACAGUCUAUUCACAUUUUAAUAUCAAGAUCCAUUGUUCUGAACGUAUUAUCUUUAUUAUCUAUUAAUACAAACUAUGUCACACUCGUUGGCUGUUUAGAAACUAUUGGCUUGUCUGAUAUCACCAAAGUUGUGAGAUUAAUGAGGUUGGCUGCAAUGAAUAGAUGCGAAAUAAAAAAUAUUCAAAAUAGCCAUGAUAUUUCUACACUUAGGGUCCCUAAGAACUUUUCCCAACUUGUUACUCAAUUGUCGACGGCCGCAAAUUCAUGCUUGAACUGUUUGAGCAUUACUAUUGCAGCGUUGGCUCAGAAUGAGAUGAAGUCAUCCAAUAUGGUGGUGAAGAUGUGUACCAAAGAUUUACUGACAUCUGCCUUUGGCGUUGUUAUGUCACCAUCAAAUUUUGCCGUAACACAAGCAUUGGUAAACAUUCUUUCCACUCAUGGCGGAUGCUCCCUACUAAAUUUGGUUAAGGAAGAACCGGUACUUAGUCCCAUUGGAUCACCAACUAACGCUGAAGAUUUAUCUUUAAUCAACGCGUUGUCAGCUUAUAUUUUAUCCAGAAGGGUUGACUACAAGAAGAAGGAAUGGGCAGCGCAACAGCUUUUUAAGUGCGUUGCAACGAAAAUUCAAAUGAUGGCUGGCGUUAGCGUUGAACAAAUAAAUUAUGCCGACUUGUCGGGUUUAAUGCCCAAACAAAAUGUUACCAAACUCGAGGGACACGAUAACAGAGUGUCUUCCUUGGCCUAUAACGAAAAAAAUCAGUUGUUAGCCAGCGCCGGCUGUGACGGGACAGUCCGGCUGUGGACUUUGGAUGACGAUCAAUCCCAGAACACCAUUGCACCGUUAGUGUUCCACUUUACACCGGACGUUUUUGGAAAUGAGCUUCAAGGAAAGCUCAUCGGGCAUCUAAAAUGGUCGUCAGACGGCGACUAUAUCGCCGCUACCCUUGAUAAUGUCAUGAACAUUUGGCAAAUUCAGAAAAUUAAACAAACAGUCGGUUUUAAACAAUCGUUCGUUGAAGACCAUGGAGAGUUUAUUACCGCCAUUACUUGGCCAAAAUAUAAAAACGAGGAAAGCCAUAAAAACUUCCUUAUGGUUGGAAAAAUCGAUGGAUCCGUAUCUCUCAUUACGAUUCAUGAUGAAGGAAAGGUCGUUGAGAUGCUCAUUAACUUCACCCUAUCACAAGCUGUAGUAUCGAUUGACUGGCAUCAUGAAAAUAAAGCCUUUAGUAUUGGUUAUCACGACGGAACCCUUAAACUAGGCUGGCUCCGUACUGAUGGAAAAAUUUUGACACUAAAAGCACACGAAAGCACAAUAACAGCGAUCUGUUGGGAUCCUCGCAGUUUGUUAUUGGCCACCAUUUCGUCGGAUUUAACAUGCAAAAUUUGGAGAGAAAAAAAUGACAAAAUGCAAAUGCUUCACUCUCUAAUGCAAUCCUAUGAACCAGUAAGUAUCACUUGGUCUCCAUUGGUGGGCGAGAGCAAAACACCCUUGUUGAUGGCAAUUGGUACAAGUUAUGGAACUGUUUGUGCCUGGAGAGUCCCAGAUGCGGAUGACGAGGAAAAUGUUGCCCAAAUAGCAAUGAAUUUCCAAGGACACUCUUACAGUCCUGUAGUCAGUCUGGCAAUUGAUAACACCGGCACAUUAUUGGCUAGCGGUUGUCUUAAAGGGCCGACUGGUGUUGUUAAUAUUUGGUGUUUACAAAAUGGAAGCCUGCUUUACACUCUUACCGGUAGUGGCGGUAUAAACCCUAAUGGCAUGAUUUGGUUAAAAAAUAACAACGCUUUGGCUAUAGCAUUUUCACGAUCUAAAGAUAUAUCUACUUUAAACUACUCCAAAGCUGAUGCCACAUCAAACCUACCACUUGCAGCUGUUAGAUCAUCAUUAAUAAGAAACCGAAUAAAAGGAUUUAAGAGUGCACAAUACUUCAAAAUAUUGAUUUCAAUUUUGCCGAAGCUGUUGUUGGAGCAAUACCACUCAGAAACUCGUGCAGUCAAAACUGGUUGUCAUUUAAUGCAUUCCGUCUAUCUGAAAAGUCUGGCGUCAUUGGCAUUACUUUUAGACUUGGACAAAGUAAUUUGUUAUAAGUUAAAUCCAUUUAACAAUAAAUCCGAUUCGGAUACGCUGCCAGAUUAUAAAUGGUUACAUAACUUUAGUUUAGCUGCACAAAUUGCCGACAGCCUAAUUAAAAGAACCAACCUUUCCGAUAAUGUCGUCAACUUGAUACAGGUACUGGAUGAGGAUAUCAAACAAUCUGCAGUCCAAAACGUUUUUUGGACUUUAAAACAAGACGAACAACUGAUUCAAUGGGUGACUCAAAGACCGGAAGAUUGGCAAAUCGGUGGCAAAUGCAAAACUUAUAUGUGGGGUUCGGAUCGCCACGGCCAAUUGGCUGAACUAGGUUACAGCUCAAGUGUUCCCAUGAAUGUUGAAUCAUUUUCAAUAGCGAAAAAAAUCAUUUGCGGUAAAAAUUGCACUUUCGUAAUUCAAGCCAAUGGUACAGUGAUGGCGUGCGGCGAAGGUAUUUAUGGUCGAUUAGGGCAGGGUAAUUCGGACGAUUUACAUUCCCUUAGCGUUAUAACUAGUCUGCAGGGUUUCGUGAUUACGGAUUUGGCAACUUCAGUUGGAUCAGAUGGCCAUAGUUUGGCACUGGCCGAAAGCGGAGAAGUAUUUUCGUGGGGCGAUGGUGACUACGGAAAAUUAGGCCAUGGAAAUAACGACAGGCAGAGAAGACCCAGGCAAAUUGAGGCUCUUCAACACGAAGAAGUAAUACAAGUUGCUUGCGGCUUCAAAAACAGCGCUGUAGUGACAAGUGAUGGAAAACUCUUUACUUUCGGCGAUGGUGACUAUGGAAGAUUGGGAUUAGGUUCUACUGCGAAUAAAAAGCUUCCUGAACGAGUAACCUAUCUUGAAGAUUACAAAAUUGGACAAGUAGCUUGUGGUCUUAAUCACACCGCAUGCGUUUCAUCAGAUGGAAUGACAGUGUGGACAUGGGGCGAAGGAGAUUAUGGAAAACUCGGUCUGGGUCAUACCACCACCAAGUCCAUUCCGCAAAAGGUUGAAUCCAUGUGUAAUAUUGGAAUAAAAAAAGUCGGAUGUGGUUCCAACUUGACCAUUUUCUUAACCAAAAGCGGAAAGGUAUUCGUUUCCGGCGUUGACAGAGUACCUUGGAAGACCAACAUUAGAGAUAUAACCGACUAUAAGCCACAUCAAUUGCCUGGUCUAACCGAGUUUUGCGUAGAAGAUUUUGCUAUAGGUACGGAGCAUGUAUUGUUUUUGACCAGUUGCGAAAAGGUCUUAGGCUGGGGAAUGAAUAGCGAGUCGCAGUUGGGAUUAAGCCAUGUUUCUCUAGUUAAGGAACCCGAAAUUAUUGCAGAACUUUCAAACAGAGGUAUUAAACAAAUAUCGACAGGUAGAACUCAUAGUGCAGCCUGGACUUCUCCACCUUUACCUGCUAGGAGUUGUGGCACGACUAGACCUCUUACGUUCGGCCUCCCAACAAGCAUACCGCCUCAAUACGACCAUCUAAAGGGGUUGCCAAUUAAAUCGCUACAGAGUCGCGUAAAGUUUCUUUACAACUUCUCGGACAAAAUGUAUUCCUGCUGGAAUCUGAUACCGUUGUGUUCCGAACAAAAUGACAUGCAGGUUCCCCCGUUGGAAGGAUUGGUCUCUUCCAAGCUAAGAUACUUACUGGCCCCGAUGGUUUACACUUUGCCAUUCGUGCGGUGCAUCGGUAAAACAAUGGUGCAGGGUAAAAACUAUGGUCCGCAAAUUAUUGUUAGAAGAAUUGCCCAAGAAGGCCGGAAAUGCAAGCCAAUAUUUAUCCAGAUAGCAAAGCAGGUGGUGGACAUUAAGCCGCAAGAUCUCAGGCUACCGUCUAGGGCUUGGAAAGUAAAACUUGUCGGCGAAGGGGCGGAUGAUGCUGGAGGAGUUUUUGACGACACCAUUACUGAAGUAUGCCAAGAAAUUACCACGGGCAUUGUUCCACUGUUAAUACCAACACCGAAUGCGGUCAAUGACGAGGGAUAUAAUCGAGACAAAUACUUGCUAAAUCCGCAGCUUAAUUCGCCUCAGCAUAUUCAAUGGUUUAAAUUUUUAGGAAUCCUAUUUGGAGUGGCAAUAAGAACAAGGAAACCUUUGGCGCUUCCCUUGGCCCCGUUAAUUUGGAAACUUGUCAUCGGGGAACCGGUAACUGUCGAAGACCUGGAAGACGUAGAUUGUAUGUAUGUUCAAAGUCUAAGAAGCAUACGAGACAUACAUUUAUCGGGAAUAACUGAAGAAAGUUUCCAUGAAGUAAUUCCAAUUGAGUUCUUUGAAGGAACCAGUUCUACUGGCAAAAAUGUACCUCUGGUGCAUGGGGGACAUAGUAUUCCUUUGACUUUUGAAAACCGCGCCCAGUACUUUGAACAGGCAAUCAGAUUUAGAUUGCAAGAAUUCGACAUUCAAGUCAGCGCAAUUCGUGAAGGUAUGGCCGGGAUUAUACCAGUACCAUUGUUAUCAUUAAUGGUUUCCGAUCAUAUGGAGCAACUGGUAUGUGGAAUGUCGCACAUUUCCAUACCUGUCUUAAAGGAAAUUGUUAGAUAUCGUGAAUUGGAUGGUUCAAGUCAACUGGUUCAAUGGUUAUGGAAUAUUUUAGAGCGUUUUACUGACACAGAGCGAGUUUUAUUUAUGAGGUUUGUAUCAGGACGUUCAAGACUUCCUACAAAUUUGGCAGAUCUUUCACAGCGAUUCCAGAUUAUGAAAGUGGAUAAGGUUAUGAAUGGCUUGCCCACAGCUCAGACUUGUUUCUUUCAACUGCGGUUACCUAUGUACAGCAGUGAAGAAAUUAUGGCCGAAAAGUUGCGCUACUCAAUCAACAAUUGCCGAUCAAUCGAUAUGGACAAUUACAUGUUGGCUAGAAACACGGACCAUGGUGUAGGUUCUGACGAAGAAUAUUAAUUUUUGUUUAUUACUUAUCCAUUAAGAAAUAUGUGAUAUUUAAUCACUAUACUAAUUUUCUAUAAGAAAUGAUUUGGCAAUUAUGUAUGAUUAUGUGAUUAUAACUAUUUAUGUGUAAUAUAAAGAUUAAUAAUAAAAGAGAAUAUUUUGGUUUUCAUUGAA